GCUGUGCUCCCUGCUUCUGCUGCUGUGCUCCCUGCUUCUGCUGCUGGGCACCGGCACCGGGCCGGCUCCCCCACAUCUGGUGCUCGCCCUCCUGGCCCGUAAUGCCCAGCACUCGCUGCCGCACUGCCUGGGAGCUCUGGAGCGUAUGGACUAUCCCGCGGGAAGCAUCGCCCUGUGGUGUGCAACUGACCACAACUCAGACAACACGACAGCGAUGCUGCAGGAAUGGCUGAAGGCAGUGGGAAAAGACUAUCACUCUGUGGCCUGGAAGGUGCAGGAGGAACCCAGCUCCUAUCCCGACGAGCUUGGGCCCAAGCACUGGAGCUACAAACGCUAUGAAAAUUUGAUGAGGCUGAAGCAGGAGGCUCUCACCUAUGCCCGGGAGCAGCAGGCAGACUAUAUUCUGUUUGUGGACACAGACAGCAUCCUGACCAACAACCAGACCCUCAAGUUUCUCAUGGCGCAAAACAAGUCGGUGGUGGCCCCCAUGCUGGACUCACAGACCUUCUACUCUAACUUCUGGUGCGGCAUCACACCACAGGGGUACUACCGCCGAACGGCUGACUACUUCCCCACCAAGAACCGGCAGCGAGUAGGCUGCUUCUCUGUCCCCAUGGUCUAUGCCACCUUCCUGAUCGACCUGCGGAAGGAGGAGACAGCGCGGUUGGCUUUCUACCCACCCCAUCCCAAUUACACCUGGGCCUUUGAUGAUAUCAUUGUCUUUGCCUACUCCUGCCAAGCAGCUGGUGCAGAGGUCCACGUGUGCAAUCAGCAUCACUUUGGCUAUAUCAAUGUCCCCGUGAAGGCCCAUCAGAUGCUGAAAGAUGAACAUGCCAACUUUGUGCAUCUCAUGUUGGAGGCCAUGGUGGAUGGUCCCCCCAUGCAACGUUCCAGACACAUUUCCCUUGUCCCCAGGCCACUCACAAAAAUGGGCUUUGAUGAAAUCUUUCUUAUCAACCUGGUGCGGAGGCCGGACCGGCGCCAGCGUAUGCUGGCAUCCCUGCUGGAGCUGGAGAUUGCCCCGCAGGUGGUGGAUGCUGUGGAUGGGAGCACCCUCAACAGUAGUGACAUCAAAGUGCUGGGGGUGGACCUGCUCCCUGGGUACUACGACCCUUUCUCUGGCCGCACACUCACCAAGGGUGAGGUUGGCUGUUUCCUCAGCCACUACAACAUCUGGAGAGAGAUUGUGUCCCGGGGCCUGGAGCGUUCGGUGGUCUUUGAGGAUGAUGUGCGCUUUGAGGCUGCCUUCCCAGCACGGCUGCAACGGCUGAUGGAGGAGCUGGAGGAGGCACAGCAGGACUGGGACCUCAUCUACCUUGGGAGGAAGCAGGUGAAUGCGGAGGAUGAAGCACCUGUGGAGGGUGUGCAGAACCUGGUGGUGGCUGGGUACUCAUACUGGACGCUGGCCUAUGCCAUCUCCCGCCGCGGGGCACAGAAGCUGCUGGCUGCCAAGCCCCUCUCCAAAAUGCUGCCAGUGGAUGAGUUCCUGCCCAUCAUGUAUGACAAACACCCCAAUGAGGAUUACAAGCGGCACUUCACCCCCCGGGACCUGCUGGUGUUUUCGGUUCACCCGCUCCUUGUGUAUCCUACCCACUAUGCUGGGGACAGCAACUGGCUGAGUGACACUGAGACCUCCACCAUCUGGGAUGACGAUACCAAGCAGACUGACUGGGCUGGCUCACAGAAGACUCUGAGGGACUUGCGGGGCAGUGCAGACCGCCUCCGCACCAUCACCCGGGAUGAGCUUUGAUGAAGCAAGGGAUUGUGACCCAGCCUGGAGCACUAUGGAGCAGUGGCCUGAUCCUGGUCACUCCCACUCCUAGCAGAUGCAGCUGCCCUGGACAGAUCCCCUCCAGGGUCCUUCAAGUCUGCCGGUGGCAAAUCCACCCAAGGCUGGAUUUUACCUACCAGGUGGAGGGACUAAGGCACUGUGUUCCAUCUUUGCUGAGAAUACAUCUCCAGGACUGCUGUGAGUGAUAUCAACUCUGCCACUACCACCGGCUUGGACUUUAGGGAGUGUUUUGCAGGCUGGAGGCUGGCUCUCACAGUGGCACCUGUGGCCUCCUGCCACCGACUGGGCUUGUCCCUCGCUUGCGUUGUGUCAGGGAGGAUUAAAGCAGACUGUGUUUGAGCUGAUGUGCCA